GUUUGUGUUAGUAAAUAUGUAUUUGUUCUAAAUACUGAUUUCGUUUUGAGCGAAUUAACUCAGCAUGGACUGUGGACUAGCUUGAGCAUGUAGCUAGCUAACUUAGUAUUGACUGUUUCUAUUGGCAUUACCAACUCCCAAUACUACCACAUAGACUUGUCCAGACAAAACAAUGGCCUACAGGAGAGACAGAAACAUGAGGGAUGUCUACGAUGAACGCUUCCUACCAGACAGACCGGCCCCAUAUCCCAGAUCAGCUGGAGCAGGGCCUGUAGAGAGGAGGCCGGCUGGUUUCGGAAGGCCAGACGAGGAGUACAAUCGAGGGUUUGAGUAUGACGGGCCUCGCUUUUAUCCAAAUGGAGGCCCUCGAGGUUACCAUGGCGAGGAUCAAAGAGGCUACCAUGGCGACAGCCUUCAUUUUUCUAAUGAGCGCAGAGGUAUCCCACCUUCCCGGAGACCGGAGGAGCCGUACCCCUUCCCUUCUAGACCACCUCCUAGAGAGGACCCCCAUACAACACGCCAGAUGGAGUUCAGAAGCAGUGGCCGUGCAGCACCCCCUCCCUCCAGCGUCAGGGCUCAGGGGAUGUACCCUGCACCCCGCUCCCUGUCUGCUGUGGUCCCAGAGGGGGGUGAUGACACCCUGAUGCAGGCCAUCCUAAACCUGGACAGAGGAAGGAAAGGCCCCUUACCUCCCCUGAGAGCAGACGUCCCCCCCUCCCCCCACAGCCGGUCCGGCUCCACCGUCAGUAGCAAGAGCUACUCUCCUGACAGAGCCAAGGGUCUCCCCCACCCCGCCCAGCAGAAAAACAAAGACAGGCCCCCUGGUCAUUCUCAGGACGGGUCACCUCAGAGCAUAGCGUCCACUAAGGAGGAGGCUCAUGUCCUAGAGUGGGACCGUGAGGAGGGCCUGCCCCCCAUUGAUGAGACCCCCAAGACCCAGGAUGACUUCCAGGAGCGCCGAGCGCAGGCCAUCGGAGCCAAGGCCCGGGAAAUAGAGCAGGUGUACCGGCAGGACUGUGAGACGUUUGGCAUGGUAGUGAAGAUGCUGGUUGCUAAGGACGCCAAUCUGGAGAAGCAGCUGCAGACUCCACUCCGAGAGAACCUGGGAGAGAUCAGGGAGCGUUGCCUUGACGACCUCAAGCACUUCAUCACCGAUCUGGAUCAGGUGAUUGAGGUCGUACGGCAACCGGAACCCUCCACCUGAGACAGACAGCCAAUCGCGUCCCAUCUUACUGUAAGGGAGCCAAUCAAGUCCAGUCUUUUUUGGGGGCCUCCGGCAUACAGUGAGGGCAGGACUCCCAGGGGUCUGCCAUGUGUUAUGACUGUGGAUAUCUUGAGCCGUAUUGGCCCCAUGUUUUCCCAUCAUUCUGGGUUUCAGGCCAGACGUGCACGAGGUGACCCAUAUGUACUGAUAAUGUCCAGCAGUAAUUAGUCCAUGUUGUCAAAAACGGUGUUCAAAGUCCUGUUCAGCUACUUCCUCACCACCCGAUGGGGGUAUUGGUUCUACAAUGUCCUUAACAAGUAGAACUGGUAUGUCAAUUUAGACUAAUAGUUCAUCUGGGAUUUACUGAUUUUAAAACUGUUGUUAACCAGUGUAACCAUAGGGACUGGUCAUCAGUGUUUUUUACUGAACUGGUAAUCUAAUGAUGAUGUGUGAAGUGUUAUAGGUCAGUAUCUACUGGUACCACAAACAAUGCUCUGCUACUACAGUACCAGUCAAAGGUUUGGACACACCUACUCAUUCAAGGGUUUUUCUUUAUUUUUACAAUUUUCUACAUUGAAGACAUCAACACUAUGAAAUAACACAUAUGGAAUCAUGUAGCAACCAAGAAAGUGUAAAACAAAUAAAAACACAUUUUAUAUUUGAGAGUCUUCAAAGUAGCCACCCUUUGCCUUGAUGACAGCUUUGCACACUCUUGGCAUUCUCUAAACCAGCUUCACCUGAAAUGCUUUUCCAAAAGUCUUUAAGGAGUUCCCACAUAUGCUGAGCACUUGUUGGCUGCUUUUCCUUCACUCUGUGGUCGUACUCAUCCCAAACCACCUCAAUUGGGUAGAGGUAGGGUGAUUGUGGAGGCCAGGUCAUCUGAUGCAGCACUGCAUCACUCUCCUUAGUCAGAUAGUCUUUACACAGCCUGGAUGUGUGUUGGGUCAUUGUCCUGUUUAAAAACAAAUGAUAGUCACACUAAGUGCAAACCAGAUAGGAUGGCAUCCGUAGCAGAAUGCUGUGGUAGCCAUGCUGGUUAAGUGUGUCUUGAAUUCUAAAAUCACAGACAGUGUCACCAACAAAGCACCAUCACACCACCUCCUCCAUGCUUCACGGUGGGAACCACACAUGUGGAGAUCAUCCGUUCACCUACUCUGCGUCUCACAACGACACGGCGGUUGGAGCCAAAAAGCUAAAAUUUGGACUCAUCAGACCAAAGCACAGAUUUCCACCAGUCUAAUGUCCAUUGCUCGUGUUUUUUGGCCCAAGCAAGUCUCUUCUUAUUAUUGGAAUCCUUUAGUAGUGGUUUCUUUGCAGCAAUUCUACCAUAAAGGCCUGAUUUCACGCAGUCUCCUCUGAACAGUUAAUGUCUGAUACUUGAAGCAUUUAUUUGGUCUGCAAUUUCUGAGGCUGGUAACUAAUGAAUUUAUCCUCUGGGUCUUCCUUUCCUGUGGUGGUUCUCAUGAGAGACAGUUUCAUCGUAGUGCUUGAUGGUUUUUGCGACUGCACUUGAAGAAACUUUAAAAGUUCUUGACGUUUUCCGGAUUGACUGACCUUCAUGUCUUAAAGUCGUUUCUCUUUGCUUAUUUGAGCUCUUCUUGCCAUACUAUGGACUUGGUAUUUUACCAAAUAGGGCUAUCUUCUGUAUACCACCCCUACCUUGUCACAACACAAAUGUUUGGCUCAAACGCAUUAAGGAAAGAAAUUAUACAAAUUUACUUCUAACAAAGGCACAUCUGUUAAUUGAAAUGCAUUCCAGGUGACUACCUCGUGAAGCUGGUUGAGGGAAUGCCAAGAGAGUGCAAAGCUGUCAGAAUUGCAACUAUACAAUAUAUGUUAUAUAUGUUAUAACAAAUAUAACACUUUUUUUGGUUACUACAUGAUUUCAUAUGUGUUAUUUCAUAGUUUUGAUGCCUUCGCUAUUAUUCUACAAUGUAGAAAAUGGCAAAAAUAAAGAAAAUCCCAGGAAUGAGUAGGUGUGUCCAAACUUUUGACUGGUAUUGGAUGAGUCCAGUUCUUGUUUUAUGAACUCUUCCUGCUAGGUACAUUUGAUUUGAGAUUGCUGCAGUUGAAGCAAGACUUUUGGUGCUACUUGCCUGGGAGUAGGAUUGUGCUACUUGUGUAAAGUCUUGUAUGGUCUGAGAAUAUUCAUGUUCUGGCUUUUCUUUUGUAUGGAAAAUGUGUUAUUCUGACUGUUCUACUUCAGCCAGUAUGGCACUGGCCUGCUAAGUGGGAUUCCAUGUUGUGUUUCCUGACAGAGUGUUGUAUCACCACCAGUGCUACUUUUCUCUGGCUGGGAGAAGAAACAAAACACUUUCUAAACGUCAGAUGCUCAACUCAACUUUCUAUAUGUGGAACUGACACGUCUUUGAUGAUUUUUGAGUGUAACAAUAAUAAAGAUGGUUUUUAUUAUGUAAA